CUUCCGGUGCAAACCAAUUUGUCACAAUCGUCAAAACAAUAAUUUUCCACCUGAAAUCGAUUAUUUUGUGGUGAAAAGGGUCACCCUGAAGAGUUCGAUGUGUCUGAAAAUCGGUAGUCAAGAGCCCAAAUAUUUGGGCAGCUCAAGGACGCGGAAAAAGCAGCGUGAUCGCCUAAAAGUGAAGCGCUUUAGUUUGGCCCAAAACGAUGGAAAAUCCAAAGGCUUAUUGGGUUAGAGUGAAGUUUAAAGGUUACGAAGAGGACUACUCUUCUGAUGAUUUGAAGGAACUCUCAGGAAAGAAAAUUGGAUUUUCGCUCAAAGGCAUGGCUGUGCGUGUCGACAACUACCAAGGCCACAUCAUUGCUUUUGCAGAGUCACAAGAACAACUUGUACGAGAUUUUGGCAGCCUUGGCCCCAAAAAAUUGCUUUAUUUUCCUCCAAAAAACCCUAAAAGGCAGCCAAAAAAGAAUCUUCUCUUGGAAGAAUUCCUUUCUCCAGCGUCUGAGAAAAAUGCAAAGAGGACCAGCCAACAAAAGAGGAAAAACAAAAGCAUCCAAUUACAAAAUAAAAAACAGGUGAAGAAACACGUGGUGAAUCAAAUUGAUCAUGAUAAUUUGCACCUUCAAACAUUCGUCACUAACUCGGCCAAUGAAAGACCAACUGAAUGCAGCAAGCAAAGAGAAUCAGCUUCUUCCAUGAUGACCGAAUUUGAGAAAUACAAGAGCUUUUAUGAGAAGUUUCAUGCUGCUGGACAACUAGGCGAAAAAACGCCUGCAAAGGAUUCUUCACAGGGGAUGCCCGUUAAGACUGCCAAGCCUACAAACACUGAUAUAGUGUAUGAAACUGAGUCAGAAGGAGUCGUAUCUGAUUCAGAAAGUGAAUCUGGUGCCCCAACUAUAUCACCAGUUAAGCAAAGUGCUCCUGAACAGAACAUGAUGCUGGAAAAUUGCGAUGAUGAACAAGAGCAGGAAGAAUCUCACCACGAUGAAGAAAAGUCUACCCACGAUCAACAGGGGGAAGAGGAGGAGGAAGAAAUUCGUCCAAUACGCUCAAGAGACGAGGACGAGAUUUUAAAAGCAUAUCGAGACAACAGUGAAUUCCAAUUGAAGUGGACCCUUCUCCCUGAAGAUCAAAAAAAAGAUUUUUACGUUUAUAAGGAAGGAUCAAAAGAGGUGUGGCUCCAAAAAAAUGGCGUCAGGAAAGCAAAGAAAUCAAGUGGAACGCCUUUUGAGCUGCUCUCUAGCCUCGUGAAGCUCGGUUACAAGCGAGAUGCAUUGCGGAAAUGCACACUUGAUGGUUCAGCAAGGGGCGGAAAAGGAAGAAGGCCAUGCCUUCACAAGCCAGCUUUAAAUGCAAUAUUUAAAAUUGUUCGAUCAGUUGCAACUGAUGUUCAGGAAUCCAAGAAAAAGAUUUACCGGAAAGAAGAGGAUCAAUCUGCCACUGCCAAGUCACCAAGAGGACGGAAGAAAAAGUCCUGGAGCAAGAUGAUGGACUUGGUUGUUGUUCUGAAGUAUGCUGAUGUCUGGAAGGAUGAGUUCAUCGAAGAGAAAAAUCUUCGCAAAAUGGUUGUGAAGAUCCUGAGCAACAUCAGAAACACUCCAAAAAGGAAGACAAGCAGCAACCCAUUAAAGAAAAUUGUGUUUCUUUUAUAAUCAGCACUGCUUCGGUAAGGAAAACACUGGUUUAGGAGGGUCGUGUGUCUAAUUUCGCCUUUUUUCCCUGAGUUGAAGGCCAUGGCAUCUGCACAUGUGCCGUGGAGGUCACCACAAGGGUACGCUGCCCAGCCACCCAUAAAUUGUGGCCCUUCUUACGGACAUACAGAAAAUAGAGCAAAAUUC